AUAUAUAACUGAUGUGGCUGUCCAAAACUCCAGUCCUAGAAUCAGAACAGAAUUUGGUGCUGUGAUGGAAUUGUUCACAGUUUCUGUUCUUGGGCUCUUACUCACAUCGGCAUUCAUAGCAAAUGCCGGUGAGAUAAACUCACCAGCCUGUGUUUACCCUGCAAUUUACAACUUCGGUGAUUCGAAUUCAGACACGGGCGGAAUAGCAGCAGCAUUCUAUCCACCGGUAUUGCCUUGCGGCCAGACUUACUUCCAUAGACCAGUGGGAAGGGCCUCUGAUGGCCGUCUGAUCAUAGACUUCAUUGCUGGUCAUCUGGGGCUACCAUAUUUGAGUCCAUACCUUGAUUCAAUAGGAUCCAAUUACCGGCACGGUGCAAACUUUGCAACAGGUGGUGCAACCAUAAUGCGGCCAAACGAGUCUUGGUUUGACAAUGGAGUCAGCCCCUUCUGUCUUGAAAUCCAAGUUGAGCACUACACUCAGUUUAAAGAAAAAACAGCUUAUUUCUACAAAGCCAAAAACAAGUCUUUCAAGAAAAUGCUGCCGAGGCCUCAGGACUUCUCAAAGGCUCUUUUCAUAGUUGAUAUAGGGCAGAACGAUGUUGCGGCAGUUCUCCGGAAGUCAAGCUUUGAACUCCAGAGCGCAGCUCUACCUAAUAUAGCCAGCCAGUUUACAGCACAAGUCCAAAACCUAUAUCAAAGAGGUGCAAGAACUUUCUGGAUACACAACACCGGCCCAAUCGGCUGUUUGCCGGUGGCCACAGUUAAGGUGCAAGAUCCUGUGCCAGGGUACCUUGAUGAGCAUGGUUGUGUCAUGAACCAAAAUGAGAUAGCUAUCGAAUUCAACAGACUGCUCAAGAAUGAAAUUGUCGAGCUAAGGUUGAAGCUUACUGAGGCCAGGAUUAUCCAUGUCGAUAUGUAUAGGGCCAAGCAUGAAUUAAUCACCAAUGCAAAGAAUCAAGGGUUUGAGGACCCUUUCAAGAUCUGCUGCGGGCAUCAUGGAAUAGGCUAUGAUGUUUGGUGCGGUAAUAAAGCAAAUGUAAAUGGAAGUGAAGUCUUUGCUGGUUCUUGUGCUAAUCCUUCUAAAGUCAUAAGCUGGGAUGGCGUGCACUACUCUGAAGCUGCAAACCGUUGGAUUGCAAACCAUAUCGUUGAUGGUUCUUUCUCCGAUCCACCAAUACCAAUCUCACGAGCAUGCCAGAAGGCAUAGUCAAAUGUUAAUUGUCAAACUAACGACGUUGUUUUACCACUAAAAAGCGGUUUAACGAUGUGCAAGCAUUUUUAUGAACAUAAAUGGAUCAUAGCAGCUAUCUUAAUUGUGGUUAACUUGGUUA